AUGUCCAAGAGAAUCACUGACCAGGAAUCUCUACAGCAGUGGAUUCACUCGGAGGCUUAUUUGAGAAUUAUGUGUUUUAUUCAGUGCUUGAAUGAGAGUGUUGCCAACAAGAAAAUAUCCGAUUCAUGUCAUAUUUCCAAGAAUGUAUUCAAAGUUAUUCAAAUCUUGGAUACGCUGGAUUCAUGGAUUGACGAAAUCCCUCCAGAAGUCACUCCUCAACGGUUUGGAAACAUUGCAUUUCGUAGUUGGGCCAAGCGACUGCAUGCUGAGGCAGAGUCAUUGCAUGAUCAGAUCUUACCAUCUAAUCUGACAUUUGUCAAAGUGGAGAUUGCAACGUAUUUAGCCAAUGGAUUUGGUGAUGGAACUCGUAUUGAUUAUGGCAGUGGUCAUGAACUGGCAUUUGUUGCCUGGCUCUGUUCACUUGAACUGUUGGAUCUUUUUGAUUCAAAAGAUUAUCAAGCAUUAGUUCUCAGAGUGUUUACAAGGUAUUUAGAGAUAGUUCGUCGAUUGCAACGAGUGUAUAUGCUUGAACCAGCUGGAAGUCAUGGUGUAUGGGGACUGGAUGAUCAUCAGUUUUUACCGUAUUUUUGGGGAAGCUCACAGUUGCUAGACCACUCGCGAAUCAAGCCAAAAUCCAUUGUACAAAAGGAUAUUGUAACGCAUUUCUCCAAAGAGUAUCUGUAUCUUGCAUGCAUUGAUUAUAUCCAUCAGGUCAAGACUGGACCAUUUCAUGAACACUCUCCCAUUCUAUAUGAUAUAUCAGGAGUGAUGCUGUGGUCCAAAGUGAAUUCAGGAAUGCUUAAAAUGUACAUGGCAGAAGUUCUUCACAAGUUUCCUGUAGUUCAACAUUUUUAUUUUGGCAAACUUUUGCCUUUUGAGCCAGCGUACAAGAUCCAGCCACAAGACAAGGAAUAA